AUGAGGCCCAGACGCUCGCCAACGCCGCCCCCGAUGCCUGCACUCGUCGUCUUGGUCCCCUCCCAGGACGUCAGCGUCCCGGAUACUGCGAGUUCCUCACCUCGGCGCAAGUCUCCUUCGCACUCGUCGCUGGCAAAGGCAUCUUUCCCAUCUAAGCACCCGCGCCCCUUGUCGCGCGACUCCACAAAGCACCAUCUUCACCCAUCAGCAGCGUCCUCAUCAUCACUAUCGUCUGUCCCGCCGUCAUCGCCGCGUUUGUCUUCGUCUUCUGCCUCUGCCACCGCCGGUAGCAGCACCUCUGGAGCAAGGACCAAAAAUGCACGUCGCUCCAGUGUUCGCUACCAUCCAAUCGACUUCUCCAACCCCUUUGGCGAAGACGCUGACCUCUCAGCCAAACGAGCCGCACCCGCCAACCAAGGCCCCUACACCUGUAACUGGCGCCUGCGCGACAAAAAGGGCCUCCUCGAUCGCAAGGGUCAUGUCUUCUGUCGCUGCAAGCUCAUGACGGCAGACCUCCUUGCCAAGCAUGUUCUCACCCACCACAUCGCUCCGGCUGCUCCGUCGACUACAAACCAAGGGCUCUUCCGCAAAGUGGCUUGCCGAUGGGAUCAUUGCUUCAACCGCCACUACGAACCCUCGGAACUCGCAGCUCACCUCGUACACGAUCACUUCACCCAUCAGAUGGGUCUCAAGUAUGCCUGCCUCGUCCAGAACUGCUCAGCCACCACGCUUCUCACAACGAGGACUGCAUUAGAGCGCCAUCAUGCUCAGUAUCAUGCCGCUCACGUGCGUGCCGCACAGCUCCGACCCACGUGGGAGCCCAAGCCCGUCGAAAAGGAUCGCAAGCAUGCAUCGCAUCUCCUCGCCCAACUGCGCGAGUACGAUGCGCUGCCAGGCCCUUCCCGGGUCAGGAUCGCUGUCUCCGAUCGCAUGAAUCCCAAACUCGACGUCUCGAGCCCAGCCAUCAACCGUGAACACGCACGCGAGUUCAAGAAACGAUACAUGAACCCAGCAAUGAUCCAGCCAGGUCCUGAUCAGAAAGGCGAGCCUUGGCUCAGCCUGCACAGACGGCUCCAGCGGAGCGUCGACGUAUCGGCUGCCCGUCAGGCCGCCGACCAAGCAAUCUUCGAGGGCACAUGCUAUGACGAUACUAACCUUGCUCGAUCGCACGCUUGCACACAAGCGGUCGUCGAGCUUUCAGAACCACCAAGUCUCUCGGCGCUGAAACAAGGCAUCAUCGCGGGUCAACCUUACAUCUCGUCGGCAGCUUCAUCGUCUGGAGCUGUAGCAAAGCCCACCACUGGCGAAGAGACGCUUGUGCUGCCCAACCAGCCUUGCGAGGUCGCUUUGCCCCGAAUAUCGGCGCAGGAAGGCGUCGAAAGCAUCGGCGCUUCAUCGCUCGCAUCCAUCGAUCGGGAAAUGCAACUCGACGAUGCUUUGGAAACACAACGUCGGUGGGCCCAAAAGGUGUACAAGAUCCGUCCGCCGCCUUCUCGCAGCAUCGCACGUUCAAGUGGCACUGCUACAUUCGACCUUGAGGAUGAUACCGAUCUCGACGAGCCGUGCCUGCCCGAGAUCGAGAUCUAUCAUCCAGCGUCAAGAGUCCGAUUUCUGUCCAUGGACGGCGCGCGAUCCUCACCUCCACCGCGUUCGAGUCCGCCGCUCCCAUUUGCCGCAGCAUCCGGCCCAACAGGCUCGGGCAGCAAAACGUCGGAGACGUCGUCAAGCGUAUCGACCAGCGUCAGCACGUCAAGCGAGCGGUCGCAUGGCUACGUCUCAACGCCACCGUCACAGUAUGGGUCGACCGAGACUGCUGACACAUCAAUCUCGGUCAAAAGGGAACGCAAUGACCCCUUCCUUGAUCGUAGCGGUUGCGUUCUUCCGCCGACGGGGUCCAAAAGGAGAGCCAUGCAGAGCAGCGUCUACUUGCCUGCUACACCGAACAAGGUCAAGGAAGAAUCCACCUUCGUCGACUUGAAGCUCAAGCCUUCACGCGCCAACGAGAGCAGCCCGCUGUCUUCGCCUAUACCCCGCUCACGCAGACGCAGACGUGGCUAG